AUGCCCCCAGCACUCCUCUCCACGCCCGCCGUGCGGCGCCAGAACCUCUUGAUUGAAUUCGCCAGUCUAAAACAUGCCGCGCCCUCAGGCGUCUACAUGUCUCUCUCCCUGCCCGACCCCACGCUCUGGUCCGGCGUAAUCUUCACGCGCAAAGGUCCCUACCACGGCGGCAUCUUCAAGUUCACAAUCACCUUCCCGCCCACCUACCCCACCACACCCCCCACCAUAAUCUUCCAGACCCCACUCUACCACCCGCUGAUCUGCCCCUCGCCCGCACCCCCCUCCUCCCCAUCCACCACGCCCGGCCUCUUCUCCCUCCGCCACGGCUUCCCGUGCUGGUUCACGCCGACGCCCACGUCGCCCUCCACGCCCACGCCGACGCUCGACGUGCUGCAGUACAUCAAGGCCUCCCUGACCGAGGCGUCGGUGCUCGACGACGUGCCGCUGAGCGCGGCCGAGAACGACGGCGCGUGGAAGCUGUGGAGCGCGGGGGAGGGGGCGCGCGGGGCGACGGGCGGGUGGGAGGAGAGGGUGGGGAGGGUGGUGGAGGGGAGUAGGGGGGAGGAGGUGGUGUUUGGCGGUGGGGGUGCGGGUGCGGGUGGCGGGGGGAUGAGGUUUGUGGAGUUGGAGGAGGGGGUGGUGGAGGGGGUGAAGGAGGUGGCGAGGAUGGUGGUGGAGGAGAGGGUGGUGUUGGUGUAG